AUUUUCACCCCGGCGCUUGGUGCUUUUUGUCACCCAACGCCAACCUCGACGUCGCUCAGCUCUCCAGUGAUGUUUGUCUGCGCGUGUGGGGGUGUGACAUUUGCCUCUGUGGGCGGAUUGGGUUGCAAUCCUGCCGCAUCCUAAGCCGCCCUUUGGUCUCCCCGCGUACGUAUCUAUGUAUGUCUCCCACAGACCCGGGGGGGGGGGAGUCUGUCUGCCAGCCAAGUGCUGCUCCCUGGUGCUCAGAGGCUGCUCCAUCUCCAACUCCUCUCUCUCUCUCUCUUUCUCUCUCAUUCAUUUCGCCGGCUAACAUGAGAGAUCAUGGCCGCCUUCGGGCUCCUGAGCUAUGAGCAGAGACCUCUCAAACGGUCCCGUUUGGGGCCGCCCGACGUCUAUCCUCAAGACCCCAAGCAGAAGGAGGAUGAGCUAACUGCUGUGAAUGUAAAACAAGGUUUCAGUAAUCAGCCAGCUUUCUCAGGAGAUGAACAUGGGUCUGCUAGAAAUAUUGUUAUUAACCCAUCAAAGAUUGGUGCUUAUUUUAGCAGCAUAUUGGCAGAAAAGUUAAAACUUAAUACAUUCCAGGAUACAGGAAAGAAGAAAUUGCAAAUAAACGCUAAAGACAAUUACUGGCUAGUUACUGCUCGUUCCCAGAGUGCAAUUCAUACUUGGUUUGCAGAUUUGGCAGGAAAUAAACCUCUGACUUUCCUAGCAAAAAAGGUACCAAUUCUCAGCAAAAAGGAAGAUGUUUUUGCUUAUUUAGCAAGAUAUUCUGUGCCACUCUUGCGAGCAGCAUGGUUGAUAAAAAUGACUUGUGCCUACUACUCAGCCAUCUCUGAAGCUAAAAUUAAGAAACGCCAGGCAGCUGAUCCAAAUCUUGAAUGGACUCAAAUCUCUACCAGGUACCUAAGAGAACAAUUGGUAAAAAUUGCAGAAUUUUAUCACAUGACCACAAGCCAAGGCAAAAAUUCUGUAGUUGUGCCUCGUGAAGUGGAACAAGCUCUGAAGCAGUGGGAAUAUAAUGAAAAGUUGGCAUUUUAUAUGUUCCAGGAAGGAAUGCUUGAAAGACAUGAAUAUUUAACGUGGAUCCUGGAUGUCUUGGAAAAAAUAAGACCAGCUGAUGAUGAACUUUUAAAACUCCUCCUCCCACUAAUGCUGCAGUAUUCUGAAGAGUUUGUUCAGUCAGCCUACCUGUCGCGUCGCCUUGCUUAUUUCUGUGCCAGACGUGUCUCUUUGUUGAUAAGUGACAAUACUAACCUCAUAGCUGCCCAUUCACCUCAUAUUAUUAUUGGACCAAAUAAUCCUCCUCUGGCAGCUCCCAGCUCUUCUACAACUGGUACUGUAGUCAAUCCUGCUCAGCUUGCCUGUUCAGAUUUUCUUUCCUGCCCCCAACACCGCCCUCUUGUUUAUGGCCUAAGCUGUAUGCUGCAGACUAUAACUCUCUGUUGCCCAAGUGCCUUGGUUUGGAAUUAUUCUACAAAUGAAAGUAAAACCAUAAAUCCUGGCUCACCUUUGGAUUUACUUCAAGUUUCUCCAUCUAGCUUACCAAUGCCAGGAGGAAAUUCUGUAUUCAACCAGCAGGUUCGUGCAAAGAUUUUUGAAGUAGAACAACAGAUAAAACAAAGGGGCCAUGCUGUGGAAGUACGGUGGUCAUUUGACAAGUGCCAAGAAUCAACUGCAGGGGUUACUAUCAGCCGUGUUUUGCACACUUUGGAGGUUUUGGAUAGACACUGUUUUGAUCGUUCAGAUUCUAGCAACUCAAUGGAAAGCCUUUAUAACAAGAUUUUCUGGGGAACCCAUAAUAAGGAUAACCAGGAGGUUGCACCUAAUGAUGAAGCUGUUAUAACAUUGCUUUGUGAAUGGGCUGUGAGUAGUAAAAGAUCUGGUAAGCACCGGGCAAUGGCUGUAGCUAAACUAUUGGAGAAGAGGCAAACUGAAAUUGAGGCAGAAAGAUGUGGUGAAAUUGAAAUCAUAGAUGAAAAGGAGUCCAUUUCUUCAGCAUCAUUUGCUGGAUCUAGUCUCCCUGUUUUCCAGAAUGUUCUCCUUAGGUUUUUAGAUACUCAAGCCCCCUCCUUACCUGAUCCACACAGUGAACAUGAAAAAAGUGAAUUUGUGAACCUAGUGCUGCUUUUUGGUGAAUUUAUACGGCAUGAUGUUUUCUCACAUGAUGCUUACAUGUGCACUUUAAUAUCACGUGGAGAUUUAUCUGUCACUGCAACUUCUAGAGCACGUUCACCAGCUGGGGAAAACAUGGAUGAGCACUAUUCUAAGGAACAUGAUGUGAAACUUGAGGAACAUAGUCUUAUGGAACAAAUGUAUAUUGACUCAGGAACCACUAAUAUUUUUGAUGAUGUAGACAAGAAUGACUUUAAGACAGACUUUGGUUCGGAAUUUCCAAUCUUUUCUCCAAUGCCUGGGGAGUCUUGUGAAAAUCUGAAUUCAAUACCAGUACAAGACAGAAGACCUUCAGUAAAUAAUGAAAAGUCUACAAAGAAAGAAAAAGUAAGGGAGCUGAUUUUUCCAUCAAAUUACCACCUUCUUCGACAUUUGCAGUAUGCUACACAUUUUCCUAUACCUUUGGUAAAAGAUGACAGCAGAAUAGCGGCAGACAACAACAUCGAGCUGCCAGUGUCCAAUUUUGGAGUCAGAAAAUAUUUUAAAAGGGAUGAAUCAUCAAGUCAUGAAUAUAACCAGCGCAUAAUACUUCUUUACGGAGUUGGAAAGGAACGUGAAGAGGCAAGGCACCAAUUAAAGAAGAUUACCCGAGAUAUUCUGAAAAUCCUAAAUAAGAAAAGCACUUCUGAAAUGAGCGGUGCUGAUGAAGGACCAAAAGUCAGGAAGAACAAGCAAGAUGUAUUUCCAACUUUAGAGACUGUAUUUACAAAACUUCAGCAGCUCUCAUACUUUGACCAGCAUCAAGUGACAAGUCAGAUCUCCAACAAUGUUCUGGAGCAGAUUACUAGUUUUGCAUCAGGAACAUCAUACCAUCUUCCACUAGCUCAUCACAUAGAAUUUAUCUUUGAUCUAAUGGAACCUGCUUUAAAUAUUAAUGGACUUAUUGACUUUGCUGUUCAGCUGCUGAAUGAGCUGAGUGUGGUGGAAGCUGAACUACUACUGAAGUCAUCCAGCCUGGCAGGAAAUUACACAACCGGACUGUGUGUUUGCAUUGUAGCUGUGCUAAGGCAUUAUCAUCCUUGCCUCAUUUUGAAUCCAGAUCAAACUGCUCAGGUUUUUGAAGGAUUAUGUGGUGUGAUCAAACAUGUUGUCAAUCCAUCAGAAUGCUCUUCCCCUGAAAGAUGUAUUUUAGCCUAUUUGUAUGAUCUCUAUGGGUCCUGUAGCCAUCUUAGAAGCAAAUUUGGAGAUCUUUUCAGUAGUGCCUGUUCAAAGGUAAAGCAGACUAUAUAUAGCAAUGUUCAACCUUCAAAUUCCAAUUUGUUAUGGGAUCCUGAAUUCAUGUUGGAUUUUAUUGAGAAUCCCUCUCUUUGCAACCUUAAAUAUUCAAUGUUGGGCAAGAUUCUGAGUGACAAUGCACCAAGUCGCUAUAGCUUUGUGUGUAAUGCACUAAUGAAUGUCUGCAUGGGCCAUCAAGAUGAAGACAGAAUUAAUGAUAUUGCCAACUUGUGUGCAGAGUUAACUGCUUGCUGUACAGUGCUAAGUUCAGAGUGGUUAGGAGUCUUGAAAGCCCUUUGCUGUUCUUCAAAUCAUGUCUGGGGAUUUAAUGAUCUUCUCUGCAGUGUGGAUGUGAGUGAUCUGUCAUUCCAUGAUUCAUUGGCUACCUUUGUUGCAAUACUGAUAGCUCGUCAAUGUUUUUUCCUUGAGGAUGUAGUUCAACACGUAGCUCUUCCUUCUUUACUUACAGCAGCUUGUGGGGAUCCAGAUGCUGAGCCAGGGGCAAGAAUGACUUGCCGGCUUCUUCUACAUCUCUUCCAAACACCCAAGAUCUCCCUUUUGUCAAGUGAAAAAUGUUUCCCAGGAAUUCGAUCAUCUUGUGAUCGCCGCCUUUUAAGUGCUGCUCACAACAGCAUAGAAGUGGGAGCAGUAUUUGCUGUUUUGAAAGCAAUUCUUAUGCUUGGAGAUGCUGAAAUUGGAAGCAACAAUAUUCCCUCCUUGAAAAAUUCAGAUUACUCAGUACAAAGAUUACUGGAAGAUCUAAAUGAUGAUGAGAUAUGGGAAGCUACUUCAAAGACUUUGUAUGGAAAAGCCAUUUCCAUAGAAACUGCUACUCUCAGUGAAUAUGCUAGAUAUGUACUAAGAAGCAUUUGUCAGCAGGAAUGGGUGGGGGAACACUGCUUAAAAGAACCUGAGAGGCUAUGUACUGACAAAGAUCUUAUCCUGGAUCCAGUUCUCUCCAACAAACAAGCACAGAAAUUGUUGCAGCUUAUCUGUUACCCUCACAGUAUUAAAGAAUGUUUGGAAGGAGACAAUCCUCAGAGACAACACAUCAAGCGCAUUCUUCAGAAUAUAGACCAGUGGAUUCUUAGACAGUCAUGGCUGGAACUUCAACUAAUGAUUAAACAGUGUCUGAAGGAACCUGGUUCUGGGUCUGUGGCUGAAAUGAACAGCUUGUUGGAUAAUAUUGCAAAGGCGACAAUUGAAGUGUUUCAGCAAUCUGCUGAUCUAAACAAUAACUCUAACUCUGGUAUAGGCCUCUUCAAUCCAAACUCUCUUGGAAAUGCUGACACACAUAUCACAAGGCAGAACUGUAAAAAGACAUUCCUAAGCUCUUCUGAAAGACAAGGUGUCUGGUUAGUGGCUCCCCUGAUUGCAAAGCUGCCAACGUCUGUUCAAGGUCGAGUCUUGAAAGCAGCUGGAGAAGAACUAGAGAAAGGCCAGCACUUGGGAUCAUGUUCUAAGAAGGAGAGAGACAGGCAAAAACAGAAGAGUAUGUCUCUUCUGAGUCAGCAACCAUUCCUGUCUUUGGUACUCACGUGUCUCAAGGGACAGGAUGAACAGCGUGAAGGGCUUCUAACAUCUCUACAAAAUCAAAUUAAUCAGAUAUUAAGCAACUGGAGGGAAGAACGAUACCAAGAUGAUGUUAAAGCAAGACAAAUGAUGCAUGAAGCAUUACAACUCCGUCUUAAUUUGGUGGGUGGAAUGUUUGAUACAGUGCAAAGAAGUCCUCAAUGGACCACAGACUGGGCACUUCUACUCCUUCAAAUAAUAACAUCAGGGACAGUUGACAUGCAAACCAAUAAGUUUGUUGAAUUAUUUACAACAGUGCUUGACAUGUUGAGUGUGCUGAUCAAUGGUACUUUAGCUUCUGACCUCUCGAUGGCAUCUCAAAUGGGAUCUGAAGAGAACAAGAGAGCAUACAUGAAUUUGGUGAAAAAACUCAAAAAAGAACUGGGUGAUAAAAGUUCAGAAAGUAUUGACAAAGUUCGUCAGCUCUUGCCAUUGCCCAAGCAGAUGUGUGACCUUAUUGCCUGUGAGCCUAUGGGAUCUUUGAUUGACACAAAGGGAAACAAAAUUGCUGGAUUUGACUCCAUAGAUAAGAAACAGGGGCUCCAAGUCUCAAUGAAACAGAAAAUAUCUCCAUGGGAUUUACUGGAAGGCAAUAAGAAUCCAGCUCCAUUGUCUUGGGCUUGGUUUGGAACGGUUCGCAUUGAUAGGAAAGUGAUAAAAUACGAGGAGCAGCAGCAACUUCUGCUUUACCACACCCAUCCUAAACCUAAGCCACGAAGUUACUACCUUGAACCUUUACCUCUUCCUCCUGAGGAGGAGGAGGAGGAGGAGGAGGAGGAGGAGGAAGAUCCUACCACUCCUGCAUCUCAGGAACCAGAAAGAAAAUCAGCAGAGCUUUCAGAUCAGGGAAAACCUUCAGCAGAUGAAGAAAGAAAGGGGAAAGGCAGGAAAAGGAAGACAAAAGCAGCUUCUAAAACUGAUGAAUAUCCUCAGAACAAUGGAUGUAGAAUGGCUUCUAAUUUUUCAGCACUUUGUCCUCAAAUGUUGCAUCAUCCUCAGUCUGCUUUGUGGGGCUACAAUGUUAUAGGACAGCCCCAACAGUCAGGUUACUUUGUCCAGAACCAGCCUCUUCCACCAGGUGGUUCCAGAUUGGAUCCCACAGGGUCCUUUGUGCCAAGCAACACAAAACAAGUGCUCUCUAACAUGCUGCAGAGACGUUCCAGCAAUAUGAUGCAUCCCCCAACAAUUCACACUAUUACUUCUCAUCAUCAGCAGCAACAAUUGCUUCAACAACAGCGGAUUCUAAGGCACCAGAGCCAGGGUCCAACAAUUGAACAGGCUGCUAUUUUUGCUCAACAAGUCCGCCCCUCUUCUUCUCAGCUAACACAAUAUCCAGGGAUACAGCAAUCACAGACAAUUCCCCAUGGCUAUACAAUGUAUAGUACUCAGAUGUCAUUGCCACCUCAACAGACCGGGGGUUUAGUUCUUUCACCUACCUACAAUCCUAGAUCAUUACAAGCAACUCAUUCCAGUCCAGUUUUAAUGGAAAGGUUAAGGCAGAUGCAACAGCAACCAAGCGGGUACAUUCAUCAACAAGCAGCAGCCUACCUUCAGCCUUUAGUAGGCAAUCAGCGUUCCGUUCACGAGUCUUUGCAGCAGAAUCAUUUGGUUGGAGGGCCUCUGGAUGCAGUAUCAGCCACACCUUCCCAGGCAAAUCUUUAUUCUGUCCAGGAACAGAUGAGGCAGAGGCAACAGCAGAUUCGGCAACAAAGAUUCCUUCAGCUUCAACAGCAACAGAAUCAGCAACAAAUCAUUAGCCUUCAAGCAAUGCAGCCUCAACAACAAUCUUUUUUCCCAAGACAAGGUUUGCAGCAGACACAGCAGCAACAACAGACAGCUGCUCUUGUCAGACAACUCCAAAAACAGCUGUCAAGUAACCAGCCCCAGCAAGGUGUGAAUCCAUACAGUCAUCUUCCACACUUCUAAACCUGAAAGAUGUCAGAAAGAGAAAGUAUUUGCACUGAAGAACAAGGAGAGCAAAAUUUGUUGCACUAAUUACUCCCCCCAUUUGUGUGCGUGCGUGCGCUAAUAAUGUGAAUAUGUAGGAAAUAGAUGAUUUUAUGUUAUUGUUUAGCAAAUUACAGAAAUAUAAAUUAUGUGGGACUUAACCUGUGGCUGCAAAACAUAUGGAUUUGGUGCUUUAAGAUUUUUUUUUCAAGAGGGUGAAAAGUGCUGAAUUUCUUUUUGUGCAAAAAUAAAUUUUUUUUUAAAAAAAAAAACAAAAUCCUUAGUACUGCACUGGACCAAAUGUUGAGUAAAAAGACACCUUUAUUUAUUUGUUUAUAUAUUUAUUAUUUAAUUUUUCUCCAGUUGCUAAUUUUUUGUCAACUGUAUAUUUAUAUAAGAAUGCCAUAAUUUUUUUUCAUGUCCUGUGCUAAGCACAUUGGACUACAAACAUACUCCACAAUUCUUGAUCCAGCCAUAAUUUAACCAUAAUAAAAUUGCUAAAUUUAUUUUUCAAUAGAAAAUCUAUGGCGAGAGACAUGCAAAGAAUCAAAAUGUGAUUUCAACACCUAAAUUAUCACUGUACAUCUUACUCAGAGAAAAAAAAUGUUAGCUGGUGUUGUCACAGCUGAUUUACAAUGUGACUUACCACCCAUACACUUUCACUGCUAACAUUUGUGACAAUUAUGCCCUUUCUUCAAAGAAUUAUAGCUUGCACCUUUAGAUAGAUAAGAAGAAUUGUGUCUUUCAGAUUGCUUCCUCUGUUUUCAGAAACACUGUCAGAGACAGACUCCAGGAUUUUCAAAACAUGGAGUAGAUAUUAAGAUGUCCUUUUGCUAUUUUUUAGUCUAUGAAUAUUCCAAAAUAAUUUCAAGAAUUAUUUCAAUUUUUCAAUAGGUAAUACAAAUGAUUCUGACUAAUGUGAAGAGAUCUGUUAGGAUUAAUGCUUUAGUAAUAAUACAGCACUCAACAUGCCAGAGAAUGUAUAUGUGUGUUUGUAUAUGAAGAUAUGCAUACAUGCAUUUGUGCACAUAUGCGUGUAUGUGUGUUUAAAUGUGCAGGUAUAUAUCUAUAUGUAUGUUUCUAUAGAUGAGGAAUAUUCUAUAAAUAAGAGCCCUGGCCUAUACUUUAACAUGUCAUAGGCUGUUGAUAUAAGAGGUCUUCUAGUCCAACCCCUUAUUCAAGCAGGAAACCUUAUACCAUUGCAGACAAAUGGUUGUCCAAUCUCUUCUUAAAAACCUCCAGGGUUGUUCCACUGAUUUAUUAAGUGCAGAUCCAAAGGAAAACCAAUAACUGAAUGAUAUUUAUGUCUCAUAUGGAGGAGUUUUAAAAAACUGCUAUAUAAUGGCAACUAAUAUAUUAAGGAGGCAUGCCUAGAGUGUUAGCUUUGUGAGGAGGUGCAUUUUGUAAUGAAUCAUCAAGUAAAAAACUGAUGUUAUACUGUAGAAUCAGUUUUGGUCAUCGCAGUGGUAGAGUCCAAUAUUUACCAACUUUUCAAUUAUUUAUAAGAACUUGGCUUUAGUUUCUGAGCCUUAGAAUAAUGGCUUUUUAUUUUGUAUGUUAGGUAUUCAGAAGUUAAAAACAUUAAUUUUAUUUAUGUAAAUACAUUGUAUUUAUAAAUUUGCUGCACAAGCACAACUAUAUUAUUCAACAAAUUUAUAUCUGAAAUAGAAACUAUUUUAACUUUGUGGAAGUGAUAUUUGCUCAUAUUUGGGUAAAGAAUAAAUAGAAGAAACUGUUUUGUGAAUUUUGAGUAUUUUUAGUAUUAGAUGAACAAAUUUUUCAAUGUGUUUCAUGUAGGGCAUAUUUAAAAAUAUUUGAGACUAUUUUAUCACGUAUUCUGUCAAAACUAUAAAUUUCCUUGUGAUAGCAUUACAGUAAGGAUGACUAUGGAUGAAAUAAUAUCUACUAAUCAAAUCAAUCCAUUGAUAUAGAAUAAAAUUUGAACUGCAACACCAAGCCAUUCCUAUCUUCUCAUAAUGAUAUGAGAAUAUUUAGGGUAAUAAAUACUUCUGUGAACUACUAUGUACACUGUGAAAAUAUUUAGGUUGCACAUUGUGAAAAAACUUUGAACUUUCUUGUAAUUUGAAUGUAUAAUACAUUAUUUACAUUUGAAAUGAAA